UCAUUCGCCCCAUGCAUGUGCCACAAAUCAUGUAAAUUAGAAGUUGUUAACCUCUAAUUUGAAAAGAUUAUCCUUUUGAGUGUACAGCCAGAUAAAAUAAUUACAAUCUGUAAUAACAAUUCUGAUGUAAGGUAGAGGGGGGAAAAAACCUAAGAAACAAAGCUAUGGUGUAAGAAAAGCACAUUAAAAAUUCCUUUCUCUCCUUGUAUAUUGCUUUUCUCCAGUCAAAAACUUUAAAAUUGCAGCACAAUCCAAGGCAGAAUACCGUCUUUCUAUUAGUGUUAAGAGCCAGGAUGAGCUAAACUGACUAGAAAAAAAAGACUAUACUGAUCUUUAAUUUUAUAUGGCCUCUGAGAACACAGAUGUAGCUCAAACAAUGAGUCUGAGAUUGGGGCCUCAUCUCUUCCAGAUUUCUUGAACUCUGCUUCCCCUACCAUCUUCCAACUCAGUCAAAGACACAUGGUCUCCCUCUAGCCUCUUUUUUUCUCUUGGAUUUAUUCAACUGAUAGCUCCCCGGCGGACAGACAGUAUCUGGAUGGAAACUAACAAUGAGAAAUCUAUCUAUCCUCAACGCCUCUCGGGAUCAGACCUGGGGAAGCUUCCCUCCGUUCCAGUUUUGCCCUGUCAGUUGAUUCCAUGAGUUUACAUGACUUCCCCCUGCAAUGGCAUACUGUGCCUGCUUUUAAAACAAAAAUUGAAAAAUAUUAAAGGGCCCGAUCCUGCCACCCUUACUCCCGUUGAGCCCUAUUUUGCUGUGCGAGUAUCCCGCUGAAUGGGCCUCGCUCUAGCAGAAAUAAUUGGAGGGGGAGGCAGAUUCGGGUCUUGUCUCAAAGUGACGGUGCCUAGUCAAUAUAACUGUUCUUUCGGCUUCGAACUCUUUGCUUUCUCCAAACAAAAUGAUGCGUAGUAUUUUCAUCUACCUCUCCAUAAUCAGGAAGGAAGCUUUCCUUACACAGGUUAAAUGACCUGGUUCCAGAGAUCAUGUGCUAAGUUUAGACAUGCAUUUAAAAGGAGGGUGUUGCAAGAUAAAUACUGUAAUUAGAGAAACGAAGUCUAGUUCGAAGCCUAAUUUAGCAAACAAAGCAGUUGCACCUACUGCUCAAAAACUUUAAUGUCGAUCAUAUCUGCACAUACCGAUCUAUAUCCGAUGUAACUUUGCUAAACGUUUAAAGUAGCGAGAGAGAUGGGUAGCCUUCUCAGUGAUUAGAACUAUCUGCAUUUCAGGGUACUGGCGGAUUGGCUGGGAGACUGUAGAAAUGUCCCAUUUCCAGCCCUACGAGAUCAUUUUAAUUAAAGCUGAAGAAGAACUUCAGUUAACAGGCUGUUGGCAAAUGCCUCUGGGAGCGAUCCAGCAGCAGAUCCCCAAGGGAUUAGGUGGUAAAGUGUGCAGGGAAAAUAUCCCUCUUUCUCUCUUUUACACGGAGCAUGUGUAACUUUUCACUGGACGGUUCUACAGGUGGUUUCUAGGCUAAUUCACUUCCAUAGGACCCUGCUGCAGCCGCUGUGUGUCGGAAAAGACCCAAAGAUCUGGCAUGCACUUACUAGCGAGAGGAAAUUACCUUGCUUGCGAAGUGGUAAUGUUGGCUUGGAACUGAGCGUGGCGCACGCAAAACAACCUCACUGUCAAUGCACAAGGGAGGGUAGAGUGAAUGCAGAGAGUUGUGCAAAACCUCCUUCGGUGGCAGCAGAAUCGAAACCUUCGCUGCAAAAGGGCCGAAGUGUGAACAGUGAAACCAAAGCGCCAGGGAAGGCGCGUCUGUCUCUGUCAGCGAAAGCGCCGUGAGCCAGGGAUCAACCUGCGGGCUGUGUUCCCAGGGAGCGCCCUGCUUUGAGAGCCAGAUGCGACCGGGGCAAGCAGCGAUCCGGGCUGACUGCGAGCUUUGCCAAGAGCUGGGGCGUGAGGAGAGGGGGACGUUUGCAGGCUGCAGCGGAUCGAAGUGGAAGCUCCCCGGUCAACCAUGGGAGAGACCGGGACUGGGGCUGCGAGAACCACUCUAGGGGGCAGACCAGCAGGAGCACCGGCAACACUCUCAGCCGUGUGUGUGUGUGUGUGUGUGUGUGUGUGUGCUGCUAGCAGCCCAUUGGCUGGGGGCUGCCUGAUGUCAUGGCUGGGUGUUCCUAUAAGCUCCCCAACACAUAACGGGCUCAGGAUACUUGUAGACAGGACUCCUGGCAGGGCGGGAGCCGCCCAGGCUGCAGCUGCAGAAGGGGAGGGAGGAGGCUAAGAGGGGAACAAACAAAUGCAAAUUCCUGGCCAACAGUCAACAGGUCUAACUGCAAGAGGCCCCCAGCCCGGCCAAGCCACCGCCGGCAUUUCUCGGGGGGCUGCCAAGUUUGGAUCUCCUACAGCGCGCGGGUGACUGCUCCCGGGACACCCGCCAGGCGCAGCGGGCAACCGAGCGCGGGAGACAGCUGGCGUGGAAAGAGCGCGAGCGGAGCGCCGGCGCUGCGCAGCGGCAUCGGACUUCGGAGCGUGCCAGGCUUGCCUGCGAAGAGCCCCAGCGCUGUGCGGCGGGGGAUCGGACGCGGGGCUGCCCGAGCCUUGCAUGUCAACAGGGAGCAGAGCGCAGAACUUGCGCUGCUGCAGGUAGGAAGCCAUGGGAUCGGUGAGUCCCACCAGCCCGGUGUUUGCUAUGGUCAAUGUGAGCAGCAGCAAGGACCCGGACAGUUCCAGCCUGUCGCAAGACGUCUGGAUGGUGGGCAUGGGCAUCCUGAUGUCUGUGAUCGUGCUGGUCAUCGUCUUUGGCAACGUCCUGGUGAUCACCGCCAUCGCCAAGUUCCAGCGGCUGCAGACCGUCACCAACUACUUCAUCACCUCCCUGGCGUGCGCCGACCUGGUGAUGGGCUGGCUGUGGUCCCCUUUGGGCAGCCACAUCAUGCUGAAGCAGUGGAAGUUUGGGAACUUUUGGUGCGAGUUCUGGACCUCCUUAGACGUGCUGUGCGUCACGGCCAGCAUCGAGACCCUCUGCGUCAUUGCCGUGGACAGGUAUUUCGCCAUCACCUCCCCCUUCAAGUAUCAGAGCCUGCUGACCAAAAGCAAAGCCAGGAUUGUCAUCUCGUGGUUCUGGGGUGUGUCUGUUUUGACCUUCUUGCCAAUCCAGAUGCACUGGUACAGAGCAGCGCGCCGGGAAGCCCAAAAUUGUUACAAAAACGACACUUGCUGUGACUUCUUCACCAACCAGGCCUAUGCCAUCACUUCUCCAUCUCUCUUCUACUUGCCUUUGGUGGUCAUGGUCUUCGUCUAUGCCAGGGUCUUCCAGGUAGCUAAGCAGCAGCUGAAGAAGAUAGACAAAUGUGAAGGGAGGUUCUCAUACCAGAACAACAACCAGCAGGAGCAGAACGGGAGAGCAAGUCACCAGGAGAACCUAAAUUUUGGCUUGAAGGAGCACAAAGCCCUGAAAACCUUGGGGAUCAUCAUGGGCACUUUCACUUUGUGUGGCUGCCCUUCUUCAUAGUUCAACAUCGUGCACGUAAUACAGGACAACAUUAUCCCCCCUUACCUGUACAUCCUCCUGAACUGGUUGGGGAUACAUCAACUCCGGCUUCAACACCCUUAUUACUGCAGAAGCCCGGACUUCAGGUAUGCUUUCCAGGAGAUCCUGUGCCUCCGGCGAUCUGCCCUGAAGAUGCACGCAAAUGGAUAUUCCAACAGCAACGGGAAAAGUGACUUCAACGAGGAGGACUAUGGAUAUCAGUUGGGACAAGACCCAAAACGUUGUGCAUUGCUGUGUGAAGGAGCGGGGCCACCUGUCAGUGAGGAUUUAGUGCAUUGUAAAGGUACUGUGCUGAACGGUUUGCAUUGAGUCCAGAGCAUCAAUCAUAGCACACACAAUUCCAUAUUGUAGAUGAGCGGAGCCUUUACAAAAAAAAAAAAAA